AUGGCCUGCCAGCUGAGUUUCAAGACCACUAGUUACAUCGAGGUCCCGGUUUACUCACCCGUGGCAUUCAGCCGAUGCAACGUGCUAGUAAUUGACAACGAUGACACCGUCGGGAACCGCCACGAUGUGGCAGUCGAGGAACAAGGAAGCGACUACGUUUUCCGGCUGUGGGCAAUGGGUAACCAGUCAUCCAUCUGCAGCCAGUGCGGAAUAAUUCAGAACCACCACGGCCUCGAGUGGUACACAAAGCUGACUGGGUUGCGCCUGAAUGUCGGAGCCGUCCACGACGUGGAUAUCGCACUGGGCGGACUCAGCGUUUUCUACUUCCGGUUCCUGUUCAUCGACUUCGUCUACCCGUACAUAACGGACGUGUUUGCUUUCGUUUCCAAGGCGCCCACACCGAUCCCGCUCACGCAAGCCAUCAUCUACCCUUUCCAGCAACAGGUAUGGAUGGCGCUCUUCGCCUCCUUGCUCGUGGCUUGGGCAGGUGUGGUCGUACUGCGCCGCUGGACACCGCGGGAAAAGCUGGUCGGUGACGCACCUGAUAUUUGGCUUCUGCUGGCCACGCUCAUUCGCCAAAGUGACUGGGGCAGCGAGUUCCGGACGCUGAGCUUCCGCUGCCUGCUCACGGCAUGGCUCAUAUUGUCGGUGGUGGCGUCCAACUCAUACAGCUGCCUGCUGCUGUCCUUUAUGAGCGUACCGGCCUUCUCGCCGCGCGUCGACACGUCCGAGCGGUUGCAAGAGGCCAUCCUGGCCGGGAAGUACACGGCGGGGACAUCUAACGGCACCGCACAGUAUACACUCAUCAUGGAGUCCAGCGAAGGCCCGCUAGCCACCGUUCGUGCCUGCAUGGUGCGCUACCCGGACCGCCUGGUACCGGACAAGCAGGAGGGCCUGGACAAGGCCAUGCGCGAGAACUACGCCUACAUCGACACGCAGCGCGGGCUGCGCGCGGCGCUGCAUGACCGGCAGGCCACGAGUAUCGAGGUCUCCACGGGCCACGUUGGCACCACCAUAAUGUCGCUGGCCAUGCACAAGACCUGUUUCUACCGGAACGCCUUCUCUACUGUCUCAAGGCGGCUUGUUGAGUCUGGUCACUUUCUCAAGUGGGAACGCGAAGAUCAGCCCGUACGACCCAAGAUGAAGCAGAACCACUUCAAGGCCAUCGAGCUCUCGGAUGUGUUCAGUCACGGCACAAUACUGAUCGCCGGCUACUGCUUGGCGCUCGUAGCCUUGGCCAGCGAAUACGCGCGAUUCCGAUACAAGUCACGCAGAUGCAUCAGCCAGGACCAACGGUGGCCCGCCGACAACACGCCAAAAGCAAUCGCCUCUUCCAUGAUACGACCGCGACGUACGAAGAAAACGCAGCAGCAGCAGCAGCAGCAGCAGCAGCAGCAGCGUCGGCAAAGCAGCAAGCGAUCCUCGGCUACAGUGGCCGUAGCCGUUCCCACUCCGCUACCGCCGCUGCCCCCUGUGAACCGGCCUCGUCGCUGGGAGACGCGGGUCGUGGGUCAGUCGGGUUUCAAGCGCGUCUCCAUAAAUCUCGUCCCGCAUGCGUUUCCCAAGAUCGACUCGGCGGCGACGGCGGGCCUGCCGCUGGAAGCCAGCGGAGCCGGAGGCCAGACGAGAAGAGGCGACCGCUGCCCGCUACCGAACUUGCCGCCCGUGAGCACGUAGUCGGGGAGGCCGCAGUCGAAGCGCGCGCUCGGGCGAGUUCGUGAUGGUGCGCUUUCUCCCGCGCGCCAUUAGUUGAUGUGUAAGUUAAUCAAUGACGAGGGAAAGGUCAGCCUAAUUGCAUACAAUAUGCGAGCGCAAAAUAUACCGACGAGCUUGUACGCAAGGUAGGGCGGCGAAACAAGGUCGAAGGCAAUAAAAGAAAGACAAACCGUUGAAACGUCGGAUUGAGAGGCAACGAUGGUUCGUUUAUUUCGGCAUGACAUGCGGCUGCGUGGAAGAUGGAAACUUGAAGUACGGAACAGUGGGCGAAAUGUAUCUGCCCGGAGCCACGUUUUGACAAGAGGACGUGUCUUUAUGUCGCGGCCAAGGCAAGUCCCUUGUCGAGACGUUGGCUCGAGGCUGAGGCUUCUAGUGGUUGCCCACUGCUGUAAAUUUAUUUUUGCAUCUAUCAUCAGAGAGAGAAAAGAAGGAGAGAAGGCGGGGGUGUUAAGCAGAAAAGUGUCUUUGUCACUAUAGCGUACACUGGGGGAAGAUAAAAGCCCGAGAAGCUGCACUGCUGCACGCCCAUCCCCUGCCAUAGCAGCCACGUUCUCACAAGUGUAAAAUGCGAGAAAAAAAAGUUCCGCGCGCUAGAACUUUAACACAUACUUCAUGGACGUGGUCAAAAUUAAUUCGGAACUCUAUCUUCGCAACAAGAUUAGCCGCUGCCAAACAGCAUCAUAUGUAAGCUCCGAGGCU